AUGGCACAACGGCCGCCGUCUGAUCGGAACAACCUCCCGGCGUCAAACCUGGUGUGGGUCCCCCGCCCGCUUCCUCCCCAUUUUCCGCGGUUUCUUCACGUUUCCUCUUUCCUCUCCUCGCUUCUCUCCCUCCCAAGCAACCGCUUCUCGCCGGCGGUGCCGCCACCGUCUCGGCGCCUCGCCGUACUAGCGCCAGAGGCUUCUCCGAUAUCUCGGGAGGCGUCGCCCGCGGCUUCGUCGGCCGAUGAGCCGCUGCCCUGUUUCCUCUCGUGCAAUAUAAUGGUGUCAAGGCCUGUAGUGCUUGUAUUCCUGUUGCUGAUACUCGUAGUCACGUCCCAGUUUGAAUGGAAGCAACAGCUUGUAAAUGAGUUGGAAUCUAAAGCUCGCAACCAGAAACAUGUUUCAAGUAGAGAAGAGCUUGUCAAGGAUCAGCAGAAUUUUGGACUUAUGCUAUUUCCUAAUGAAAUUCUUAUUGUAAGAGUGUUUCUUGACGUGGAGAUCAGGGGUCCUCUUGUCUUGUUACGCCACUCCUGUUGCGGAGCAGCAAUGUUUGAAAGGGAGCUGUCGGCAUGCCAUCUUCUUAAGUGCAGGUUGUACUAUAAGGCAAUGAUGACCAUGCCAAUGAAGGGCUGGAAUGCUAUCUUUACAGGAAAUGUAGAUGUUCAUACAUUUUUAUGA